GUAACAUAGGAAAGGUACUACUACAUCAUGUAAUAUAGGUAUGGCACUACUACAUCAUGUAAUAUGAGGGAAAGUAAGUCUACAACAUGUAAUAAAGGUAAGGUACUCAACAUCAUGUAAUAUAGGUAAGGUACUACUACAUCAUGUAAUAUAGGUAUAGCACUACUACAUCAUGUAAUAUGAGGAAAAGUCUGUCUACAACAUGUAAUAAAGGUAAGGUACUAUUACAUCAUGUAAUAUAGGUAAGGUACUUCUACAUCAUGUAAUACAGAUAAGGUACUUCUACAUCAUGUAACAUAGGUAAGGUACUACUACAUCAUGUUAUAUACGUAAGGUACUACUACAUCAUGUAAUAUAGGUAAGGUAUUACUACAUCAUGUUAUAUAGGUAAGGUACUACUACAUCAUGUAACAAGGAAAGGUACUACUACCUCAUGUAAUAUAGGUGAGUUACUACUACAUCAUGUAAUAUAGGUAAGACAUUACUACAUCAUGUAACAUAGGUAAGGUACUACUACAUCAUGUUAUAUACGUAAGGUACUACUACAUCAUGUAAUAUAGGUAUAGCACUACUACAUCAUGUAAUAUAAGGAAUAGUGUGUCUAAGACAUGUAAUAAAGGUAAGGUACUACUACAUCAAGACAUUACUACAUCAUGUAAUAUAGGUAUGGCAUGACUACAUCAUGUAAUAUAGGUAAGGCACUACUACAUCAUGUAAUAUAGGUAUGGCACUAGUACAUCAUGUUAUAUAGGUAAGGUACUACUACAUCAUGUUAUACAGGUAAGACAUUACUACAUCAUGUAAUAUAGGUAUGGCACGACUAAAUCAUGUAAUAUAGGUAAGGUACUACUACAUCAUGUUAUACAGGUAAGGUACUACUACAUCAUGAAAUAUAGGUAAGGUAUUACUACAUCAUGUUAUAUAGGUAAGGUAAUACUACAUCAUGUAAUAUAGGUAAGGUACUUCUACAUCAUGUAACAUAGGAAAGGUACUACUACAUCAUGUAAUAUAGGUAAGGUACUACUACAUCAUGUAAUAUAGGUAUGGCACUAAUACAUCAUGUAAUAUGAGGGAAAGUAUGUCUACAACAUGUAAUAAAGGUAAGGUACUACUACAUCAUGUAAUAUAGGUAAGGUACUACUACAUCAUGUAAUAUAGGUAUAGCACUACUACAUCAUGUAAUAUGAGGAAAAGUCUGUCUACAACAUGUAAUAAAGGUAAGGUACUACUACAUCAUGUAAUAUAGGUAAGGUACUGCUACAUCAUGUUAUAUAGGUAAGGUACUACUAAAUCAUGUAAUAUAGGUAAGGCACUACUACAUCAUGUAACAUAGGUAAGGUACUGCUACAUCAUGUUAUAUAGGUAAGGUACUACUAAAUCAUAUAAUAUAUGUAAGGCACCACUACAUCAUGUAAUAUAGGUAAGGCACUACUACACCAUGUAAUAUAGGUAAGGCACCACUACAUCAUGUUAUAUAGGUAAGGUGCUCCUACAUCAUGUAACAUAGGUAAGGUACCACUACAUCAUGUAAUAUAGGUAUGGCACUACUACAUAAUAUAAUAUAGGUAAGGUACUACUAAUAUAGGUAAGGUACUACUACAUCAUGUAAUAUAGGUAAGGUACUGAUACAUCAUGUAAUAUAGGUAAGGAAUUACUACAUCAUGUUAUAUAGGUAAGGCACUACUUCAUCAUGUUUUAUAGGUAAGGUACUACUACAUCAUGUAACAUAGGUAAGUUACUACUACAUCCUGUAAUAUAGGUAAGUUGCUACUACAUCAUGUAACAUAGGUAAGGUACUACUACAUCAUGUAAUAUAGGUAAGGUACUACUACAUCAUGUAAUAUAGGUAAGGUACUACUACAUCAUGUAAUAUAGGUAGGGUACUACUACAUCAUGUAAUAUAAGUAUGGUACCGAUACAUCAUGCAAUAUAGGUACGGAAUUACUACAUCAUGUAAUAUAUCUACAUCUCUGACUCCGCUUGCAUCUCUGACUAUUAGGGCCGUAAGGGUACAUGUAUUUGUGUCGAACCGUUCGGUACGCAACUUUACCUUUACUGUACCGAAUUACUGGGCACAGGAUAUUAUUUUAUUUUAUUUUUGUUUUAUUUUAAUUACGUUUUUGCGAGCCGAACCAUUUAAAAUAUCUAGUUCCCCGACAGACAUAAUUGAGUGACGGACCGAGUCCCGUAAAUCUCCAUUUUCACUUUGUGCAGCGCAUUCUCGCAUUUUGACAACAUGGCAAGUGAGCCUGACGAACCUGAAGACCCACCCGCAAACCUUAAGUCCUCUGUUUGGGAACACUUUGGUUUCAGGGUAAAAUACGAAGAUGGAAAUAAACAAGUGGACAAGACAAAAGCAGUGUGCCGACACUGCAGAACAGCGGUCGGGUAUGUACUUGGAAACACGUCUAACAUGCUAACGCAUCUAAAGCGACACCACCCGAGUUUGAACGUUAACCGGCACGACUAGAAAAAGCAAUCUGGUGCAAACUACGAUAUCGUCGUCGUUUAAAAAGAAAGAGCGUUUCCCUGACCAUCGCGCUAAAGAAAUAAUCAACGCCAUUGGAGUUGAGUAAAAUUGUUUAAGCUGCACUUUAGAUAUAAGCAUGUUUUGUUUACUGCACUUUAACAAAGUGGGAAAGCUAAGUAAGUUCCUAGUAAAACUGAAUCUGAGCAGGCUUUAAAGCUGACCAGCUGCACUAUACUUUUUAUUUUAAUUGAGUAAAGCUGUUAAAGCAGAAAUGUAUAUUUAUAUUUUUCAUUCAAAAAAUGUGUUAAAAAAAACAGCAGGAUGUUAUUUUUCACUUUUAUAUUUCUAUUUUCAUUCAAACAAUGUGACAAAGCAGGAUUUUAUAUAUAUUUGUUUCAUUCAAAAAUUGUGUAAAAAGAGUUAACUGCUGUGGUGGUAUGUUUUAAUAAGGUUACCAAUAACUAAAAGAUAUUUAAUAGUUGUCUAUUUUUUUCAUUACUGUACCGAAAAAAAACGAACCGUGACUUGUGUACCAAGGUAUGUACCGAACCGAGAUUUUUGUGUACCGUUACACCCCUACUGACUAUGCUCGCUACUGGUUCACUUCACAUCUCCCCAGCAGAACUGAGCAUGUUACAAUCGGAAAGGCAAGAUCUCUCACCUAUAAUGUCACACGUGGUGUCCCCCAAGGUUUGGUGUUGGGUCCCACCCUGUUCACUCUCAAUAUGAUUCCCCCAGGCCAUAUCAUCAGUAGGCAUGGUAUCUCCUUCCACUGCUAUGCUGAUGACAGGCAGCUGUAUAUCAGCAUAAAACCAAGUCCCUCUACACCCCUGCCACUAUCCACAUUGACUUCCUGCCUGGAGGAGAUAGAGGUAUGGAUGAAGCUAAAUUUCUUACAGCUAAAUAUUUCAAAGACAGAAGUUAUCCAAUUUGGCACACCGCACCAGGUCCAGUCAUCCACUAUCACCAGCAUCACUUUCUCCAGCCAAAACACCCCCCUCUCCACAUCAGUUAUUAACCUGGGUGUUAGAAUGGACCCCCACCUCACCUUUGAGACUCAUAUCAAACACCUGUGCAAGAUGUCCUUCUUUCACCUCCGGAACAUCACCAAACUCCGUCCCAUGCUCACCCUUGCAGAUGCAGAAAAGCUCAUCCAUGCCUUUGUCUCCUCCAGUUUGGAUUACUGUAAUGCACUCCUCAUCGGGAUCCCUAGCUACAGCCUUCAGUGGCUCCAGUGCAUUCAGAACAAUGCUGCUAAGAUCCUGAUUAGGGUGCGCAAACAUGACCCAUCACCCCCAUCUUUAAGUCUCUUCACUGGCUCCCCAUCUCACUCAGAGCUGAGUUCAAGGUUUCCCUCCUCACCCACCAGUGCAUAUAAAGACAUGCCCCCCCUCCUACCUCAAGAAACUCCUUACCCCUCAGACCAAUACACGCAGCCUCCGCUCCUCCACUGCACACUUCCUCAAACCCCCCAGGUUUAACCUAAAAACCAUGGGCAUGCUGGCCUUCUGCUUGGCGGCUCCCAGACUGUGGAAUGCCCUCCCUGACCACCUCAGGGCACUACAGUCUGUGGAUACUUUUAAGAAAGCUCUAAAAACUCACCUCUUCAACAAAGCUUUCCGUUGACCUCUUUUUUUCUUUUUUUUUUAAAUUUUCUUUUUUUUUUUUUUUUUUUCAGGUUUCAAAUGUUUAUUUCUUUUUUUGUAAUUAAUUUUUUAUUGACAUUCAGCAUCAGACAUUCACAUCCAGUACAUCAUAUUUGCAUACAUCAUACAUCUAUUGUCUGCCCUAAAUGCCAAAAUAAUAUUUUUUUGUUUUAUAUCCAAACAAUGAAAAGAAAAACAAACCACAAGAAAACUAUGUACAAGUAGGGAGUGAUCUUUUUAACACAACACAAUCACUGAUUUGAGAAAAUAAAAUCAGGCCUAUGGGGCGUGACAUAGUUGACCCAGUUUUCCCAGUAUGAAGUGAAUUUCUCCAAUUUAUGAUUAAUAAAUGCUGUUAUCUUCUCCAUUUUAUAAAUGUCCAUUGUGAUUUCCAUCCAUAACUUCAAAGUUGGGCUCUCCUGUGAUAACCAUUUCCUGGUAAUAGUCUUUUUACAGGCCACUAGUAGGAUAUUCAUUAAAUGUUUAUCUCUUUUAAGCCAGUCCUGAGGUACAUGUCCGAAAAACAAAGUCUUACUCUCAAGGGGUAUUUCACAUUUGAAGAUAUCCUGUAGAGCUUUGUGUAUCUCUCUCCAAUAAUCCUUCAUGGCAGAGCAGUAAUGGUUUGCAUUUUGAUUCCCACAGUUUCUCCAACAAGCAGGGGAGUUGUUAUCAUAAUGAGACUUCUGAGAAGGUGUAAUAAAGAACCUGAUCAGACUUAUCCAGCCAAACUCCCUCCAUUUCGGUGAGCUGGUACAAGUCCAUUGAUAUCUCCAUAUUAUUGUCCAUUCUUCCUCAGAUAUAGUUAUCCCUCCUUCCUUCUCCCAUUUUGUUUUAAUAUAUGAAGUUGAGUGUGAUUUCAGAUUCGACAGACCCUUAUACAAGCAUGAAACAGUUCUAUCAAUAGUUUCUGAAUUAUAGGCUUUUGUAAACAGUUCAAUCAAACAUAUGUUUGUCUUUGUUACAUUUUUCACCUUCAUAUCAACAUAAUGCCGCAGCUGCAGAUAUCGAUAGAAGUCUUGAUUUUCUAAUAAUUGUGUCAUUUUAAUCGUUUCAAAACUGAACAUUUUUUUAUCUUUCAUUACACGACAUAGAGCUGUUAUACCCUUAGCUAUCCAGUCCUUGAAUCUUGAGUCCAAUUUAUCAAUCAAUUUUCAAUCAAUUUUAUUUAUAAAGCCCAAUAUCACAAAUCACAAUUUGCCUCACAGGGCUUUACAGCAUACGACAUCCCUCUGUCCUUAUGACCCUCGCAGCGGAUAAGGAAAA